AUGUGGAAUUCUUCCAGGGUUUCUGCAUUUGAUAUUCAGCAUCAGAUUAAUGGACCUGGAUUAGAGUUUUCAUCGGUACUUAUGGUGAGUGAUCAUAUACAACACAAUGUCUACAAUAAUGCGUUUAUUUCUACUGAGCAAAUCCAAGAUGUUACCAAUCCAAAUUCAGUUCUUUCAGGAACUGAAUCUUCAACUUUUGAUUCCACUUCGACAAUGGCUUCUUUGCCUGCUUCUAGCCUUCAGCAACAAAAAAUCGUUUCCACAGGCAUGAAGGAUAUUCAAGUAGCUACUAACUUUCCAGGGUUGUCCCCUUUUACAGAAAUCCAAGCAAUGUACCCAACUGAACAGAUAAAUUCUGCAGAUCUUUAUCAAUUAUGGAACACAACUGGUGAGAAAGAAAAAUCAGCCAGAUUGUUUGCGCUGAGAGGAACCUCGGAUCCUCCUCUCCUCAUCGGCCAAGAUGUUCUCUUACCAGCCGUCACUGUCAGUUCUCUUACCGUCGGUGAACUCCUGGUCAUCGACUUUCCUUCUCAUUUUCUAUCCUUUUCGUUCUCUCUUCGCUUUUCCGCUCGAACCGUCUUCUGCUUUCCAGAUUUCACUGGUAGAUUCAUCCCAAACCCUUUUAUCAUUUCCACGUUUCUUAAGAUUUCCCCAAAUCAAUCUUAUGAUUUUCUCAAAAUUUGGUGCUGGAUGACAAUUCGGGAGCAAGCCUUCAAAGUGCAGGCUUUGAAACUGGUUGCUGAGUUGCUGUAG